AUGUCGCUGGGUCAGCGUCGCUCAUCUCGUCUGCUGCAGCACUCCCUCAGCAACAGCAACAGCACCAACAUCCACAAGAUUGCCAAUACUGCUCCCUCCCAUCACAACGACAGCUACUCCGCCCUGUCUCAUCCGCGACCUUACGCCCUGGACACGGAUGUGCAUCCAUCUCCUUUUGCCAACAUGAACGUCGACUAUGAUCCGACGGAGGGCGCUGGCGGACUGUCCGUUAGCUCCUACGACAGCAUCGACGAUGACCGUAGCCCUGUUGAUGUCAGAGGAUAUCCAUACCGUGAUCAAAUGCUCCCAUAUUCCACUCACUCUCUGUAUCCUCCUAUUCCGUAUACCACCGAUGAAAUCGGCCAUGCGUCGGGAGCUCUCACUCCGUCUGACGUGUCCUCUUCCAUCUCCCCCCCGAAUGGCCAGGUCGGAAACACCAAGUAUAGUACCGCCGUCUCCGGGGAUCGCAUCGCCUCCGCCUUGAGUCAAGAGGAGCAAGCACGCCGCGCAGCAGAAGAAGACCGUCGGCGUCGAAAUACGGCGGCCAGCGCACGCUUCCGCAUGAAGAAGAAACAGCGCGAACAGACACUGGAACGAACCGUCAGAGAAACCACUGAGAGAAACGCUGCGCUGGAAGCCCGCGUCGCCCAGCUGGAAAUGGAGAAUCGGUGGCUGAAGAACCUCGUAACCGAGAAACACGAAGCCUCUGCCGCCCGCAUGGCCCUACCUCCCGAGGACAACCGCGAAAUGAAUCGGAGAAUCAACAGCAUUCCGGGUAGCGGACAAAAGCAUAUCCAACCAAAAAAGAAGGGUGUCGGAACGAACCCUUAA